AAUAAGGUCAAUGCGUUGCUAUGCGCAAACUUCUUGCUUUAGUUGUGUUCAGUUACGAGCAGAUUCAAGCAUAGCACACUUGUUUACUUGCAUCAUGCUACAAAAGUAGCGGAUAAUUACAACAUAAAAAAUUAUCAUUUUCUGGAUUGAUUUCACACGGGAUGACGGGUUGUUGCGUCCCCGGUUGCAACAAUUCGAAUAGAAAGGGAUUUUUGAUGAGAAACUUUCCUUCAAAUCCUGAUCGGAAAAAACAGUGGAUCGCCAGUAUUGGUAGACCGAAUUGGACACCUAGUACGCACAGUCGAAUAUGUGAGAUACAUUUCACCAAAGAUAUGUGGGAGAAAGAUCGUUGUGAUGGCAAACGCAAAUUAAAAUAUAAUGCUGUACCUGUAAUUUCUCCUUCUGUGCUGCACACUGUAUCUGUGCCACAAGAUAUUUCUGUGCCACAAGAUGUUUCUAUGCCACAAGAUGUUUCUGUACCACAAAAUGUUUCUGUGCCACUAGAUGUUUCUGUGCCACAAGAUGUUUCUGUGCCACAAGAUGUUCCUGUGCUGCAAGAUGUUUUAUCAGAAAAUUAUAACAUGAACAACAAUGUCGUAAACAUGCUUAUUGCAAGCAUGACAAAUGAAGGAAAUGUUAAAAUAAAUUAUCAGUAUCAAUUACAUUCGGACAAUAUUAAGCAAUUAAACGAUAAACAACCAGAAGAUCUUUUAAGUAUGUUUACGAACGUUCAGGAAGAGAUAGACUGGAAAGAACGAUGCCAGGAAUUGAAGCAGCUAUUGGCAAAGAGCAAAAAUGAUGGAUGUAUACAUGUUCCAAUUGAGAAUCAGAGAAUAGUACAACCAUAUAAUGCAUUAGGAGAAAUGGGAAACGCUAUCAAUAAACAUUAUGCUUCCAUUGAAAUAAAUGAUAAAAAUCAUUUUUCCUGGAAUGAAAAAGCUGUCUUUUUAAUGCUGGAAGAGUACAAAAAAAGGGCCGAACGCUUUAGAAAUCCUGAAAACAAGAAAAAGCAGCUUUGGCAAGAAAUAUCUGACGAGAUGACAAAAUAUGGGUAUAAAGUUAAGGCAGAUGCGAUAAACAAAAAGUUUAGGAAUUUGAAGAUGAGAUAUUUAAUUAUAAAGAAUAGUGAUAAAAAGAAAAUGUCAAGGUCUGGUAGAAUGUCUUGGAUUUAUUUUGACAUUAUGUCCGAAAUUGUUUUUGAUGAUAGGACAGUAAACCCAAACUUAGCAAUGGCAUCAGCUGUAUUUUUGAAUAAUGAUAAUGAUGAUGAUAAUAAUAAUGAUAAUGAUAACCAGAAUGAAAUCGAAAAGAUUGCUAGAUUUGAAAAUGCUAUUCUUUCUAAGAAUUUAAGUGAUCAAGAAAUCGAAAAUAUUUUAUCGGUCACAUCUACUAGUUCAACUAUUAGUAUAUCAAAUGUUUUUGAAAAAAAUGUACAAAAUAAAAACUUUAGAAAGAGAAAUAAGCCUAUAGAUAAUUAUAGAAAAAGAUAUAUGGAAAUAGAAGAAGAACGAAUUAAGGAAUUAAGAAAGUUAAGAGAAGCUAUAGAAAAAAAUAACACAAUACAAAAAGAAAGAGUAGAGAUAUUAAAACAGUACUUGUUAAUUCAACGAGGAAAUCUCAAUAAUAUUUUUUAUUAUUGCUCUUAA